CCCAACAUGGCCAGUCCUCAUCACCAGCAGAGGGUGGCUUACCCAAGAUCGAGUCAAGCCCAAAUCCAACGCUCUGCCGUACCUCGCGCCUCUCAUCCGCCUCCAUCAAGCCAUGAAGAGCAUGAAGACGAACAACCUGACGAACCACUUGACGAAGACCCUGGCGAAGAUCGAGUUAGCAAGUUGAUCGACGACGCUCUGCAAAUGCUCGAAGGCAAGGAGGACGUCGGCAUUUUCUGCAUUUGUGAGCCCAGAUGCAAGUGCAGAAAGCACUGCGCCGUCGCUCCAAGAGAUGGGCAGUGCCUCUGUCAGUGUUAUGAGGGAUUGUGGGAGAAUUGCGGUCUCAAACACGAGCAGACCGAGGCUGCAGAAGAGCGCCCGGUCACUUCCCGAUCCUUGUCCGUCUACAGUCAGGGGUCCAUCCAAGCAAGCCUCCAAGGGCAGGAGCGUCAGGCUCAGACCCCUGACAACAACCACGCCUCGCUUUCAACAGCAGGCACCUGGAGCGUCAGUCGUGCCGAGCUCUGGGCCCGCCUCCCGGCACCGGGUCCCNCUACGCCCACGACCUCUGUCAAAUCCAAACCCGUCAGGGGUUAG